AUGGGAUCCAGUUCCCAAAAUAUCGAUAUUCCACAGAAAGGGAACGCCCCUCCCGAGAGUCGCCAGUACAAAAUGGAUCCAUUCACCUGCUUGAAUCUUGCAGCAUCUACCAUUGCCGUACUCGAUUUUGGCUCCAAGCUGCUGGGCAAGGGCCACCUGAUCUAUAAGAAGGGACAGAAAAAAGGAGGCAACAGCAACCUGAACAAGCUCGAUGUCGACAGCCUUAAAAGGCUGGUGCAAGCCCUGAAAGAUGGGAUACAAUCGACAUCUAGCCCAGAGCUAGUCCUGCCUGCAGACCAAUCUAAGCUGCAAUAUAUCGCGACGGAAACCAAGGGAAUCGGCGGACAGAUCCUUGUUCUCCUUGGGUCAACCAAAACACCUGAUCCUGGAGGCAAGCCGUGGAAGAAUCUCCACCACGCCGUGGCAGCAACACUGAGUGCCGAAUUAAUCGACAAAACCAACGGCGUGCUUGAGAACCUGAGAAACGAUCUUGUCCUUCGCGUUAUCCCCUCCUUCAAGUGUAGCUCCGAUUUUCAGUCAGCUCGGUUGGAUCCGCGUUUCAAAAGUAUAGGGGCAGAUCACAAGAAGAUUGCCGAAACAUUAUUAGACAACAGAAAUUUCUUCACGACUGGAGUUAAUAGGUUCCUCAAGAUAUACGAAACGGAAGGCAGGCAUGAUAGAAUUAGAGAACAGGAAACUAUCGCGACAGCUGCAACCCUCUCCGGAAUAAUGGCCUCUGACGACAAGGUAUCCUAUCAUACUAGCCCUGCUGCCACUGGCGACAAAGGAAGGGGGGGGCAGACUAGAAAAAAGGCGUCGCCGCUAGAAGACCUGACUAUGAUCCAGGAAUAUAUCCUUCGCUUCUUGCGGUUCAGACACUUGAAUGACAGAAGACAUGAAAUUCCAGAUGCGUAUGGAAAGUCCUUUGAGUGGAUCUAUAACAGCGGAAAAUCCAUCGGAAACACCCAAAAUGGCACCGAAUCCGAUAUCGAAGGACGGAAUGACCUGAGAUCUUGGCUUGAAUAUGGAAGCGGAUGCUUUUGGAUCACCGGAGAGCCUGGCUCUGGCAAGUCCACCUUGAUGAAGUUCGUCGCCGGCGACUCCCGAGCCCGAAGUCUUCUGCAACUCUGGGCUAGAAACGAGCCCUUACUCUGCGCCUCCUUUUUCUUCCAGGGUUCAGGGACACGACUGCAAAAAUCGCAACGUGGAUUUCUACGCGCACUACUCCAUGACAGCCUCAUCCAGUUUCCCGAGCUGAUACCGAUAGUGUUUCCUGAAUACUGCCGCGCGUUUGCAAGAAAGCCGUUGAUUGGCCACGAACCUACUAAAUCGGAGCUGGAAGCUGCUUUCGAGUUGUUGGUCCGCCAGAGAGUCAAGCCCCUGAAAAUAUGUUUCUUCAUCGACGGGCUGGAUGAAUUUGAUGGGGAUGCUGUCGGCCUCGCUCAAUAUCUCCUUGCAGCAUCAGAAACAGUUAAGAUUCUUCUGUCUAGCCGUCCGGUGCCUGGACUCCAUAAAGAAUUCGCUAAUUGUGGGACAAUACAACUACACGACCUUACAAAAGGUGGCAUUCGCACCUAUGUCCUGGAGAAUCUCACCAAGCACCCCCGAGUAAAGGAGUUAUGGGAAAUGGAUGAGCUUGAGGUUAUUGACAUAAUCGAAGUGAUAGUUCAGAAGUCAUCGGGCGUUUUCCUAUGGGUUAGACUUGCGGUUAGGUCACUGACGGACGGUCUUCGAAAGCAAGAUGGCGUACGAGAUCUUCGCCGGAGACUCGACGCACUGCCAGCAAACCUCAACGAUUUCUACCGGUACAUGUUUGGCAGAUUAUCGUCGUUACAUAAACAACAAGCCUCGAUGCUGCUGCAGAUAGUAUACCGAAGCACAUUUCUUACGGGUGGACAAUCUUACCUGACCGACUUGGUGCUCUCGUACGCAUUUGAGGACCAUCCCAAAACGGCCAUUAAUGCGAAAAUUUUGGGGUCCAAAGAGGAAGAGAUCUCUCUACGCUGCGCUAAUAUUGCAGAGAUCGUAGGCAGCUGCUCUUGUGGGCUUCUGGAAAUGAGAAACCAAGAAGACAAGACGGACAACGCAAGACCUGUAGUAAAUUUUAUACACAAGUCUGCCGUUGACUUCAUUGGGCAACCCGAAACAUGGGCACAUCUCCGCAGCUUAACCGCUCAUACCAAGUUUGACCCCGAUAUUUAUUUGGCAUGCGGGUACUUGCUCGGCAUCAAAAAGUUCCCAACCAGCGUGUACGCCCUUCCGUGGUCUACCAAGUUGGGGUUGUUGCCGGCUUCCGUGAUGGAAGCCAUAGCUUCCGACGGGCCCCUGAGUGAAAGCACCAAACAACAUGAACAAGGAAAUAACUUUAUAGAAGGGGAUAUAUUUUGCGUAUUAAGUAUGCAAGCAAGAGAAGCGCUCGAGGGUCUUGUUGUGGCAGAAGGAUCAGCGAACGAAGCACAAGUACAGGAAGUGAUCGAGGAUCUUGACACUACCAUGCAAAUGCAUUACUUGGCCCUCAAACAUGCCAAAAACUGGAAAUCCUUCUCCCAGGGGCAGUUUGUCCCUCUUGAUCACUGGACUGUUUUCCAGAACGACCGCGAGGAAGGCUGCUUACCAUGCGACUCAAUGUUCGCUUUAGCAUGUGAUAUUGGCCUUGUGGGUUUCAUCAAGGCCAAGUUACAGAAAAUAUCAAGUAUAGAUGAAGCUGUAUUUGAUCGCCUGUCUCUGGGCGAUGUUCCUGCCAAGCGCAGCCCAAAACUUUCCCAAACCGCCAUGGCAAGGGUGGUCAAUGGUAUCGCCAAUAGUGACUCAACCGAGUUCAAAGUUUCUUUGUGGAACAGACACAUGGAUAUCUUGGAUCUUAGCAUUCGGCAUGGAGCAGAUACAAAUGCAAUCAUAGAUGGCGGGAAAUCGUUGUGGCAUCGGCUCUUAUGCUCCAUGCCUAAUUACAUAUGGCAUAUGGAAGAAUUUGGGAUAGUGUUGGAAAAAUUCAUUAGAUCCGGCUGCGAUCUCAAGACUAAUAUUUGCGUGGAAACCUCGGAAUUCCGAGACCAGCGCAGCACAGCCUACGGCCCGGGGGCCAAGGUUCGCUUGAUGGUGUCACCUAUGGCUAUCAUCUUUACCAACUACAGAGCCGCAGAGGAACGAGCAGAAAUGAAUUCUGCCGAAAGAGCUCGUAUGAUCAAUGCGGUCAGCGAUUUCCUCCAGAGGCUUAUCGUACGCGGAGGAGGCAGGCUUCACAAAUACGCCGAGGAGCUGAAAGCCAUGAACACGGAGGAUGGGCCCACUAACGAGGCUUGGAGGAAAAUCGUGGAUGUUAAGAGGGGUCAUGAUGUUGAGAAGUAUUUGGAAAUGCGCAUGCUUAGGAGUCUGGACAUCCGUGCCUCUCAAAGUUGAGAAUAAUAAGGGGGAAGUUUGGAUUUUGGACUUUGGAUUUGGUGUUCCUGGCCUGAAGCCGAAGAUGCCAACCUGACCUCAGGCUCUUGUAUUCAACUCGCCUGAGGGUAAUGGCGAGGACUGAACAUGAUUGCU